AUGGCUUCACUCGUGUUAUUAACAUUUUCACUCCUUUUUGCAACUUUUGCUUCUCCCCUUGUAGAUGCUUUCAAUUAUAGUAAUGGUAAUUCCACCCUCGCCGGGCCAGCACUAAAUCCUAUUGAUGCUUGCUGGCGAAGAGACCCUAAAUGGUCGACUAACCGUCAAGCCCUUGCCAAUUGCGCGGUAGGGUUCGGGAAAGCCGCGUUCGGGGGUAGACAAGGGCCUAUCUACGUGGUUACAAGCCCAGCAGAUGACCUUGGAGCCCCUAAACCCGGAACCUUAAGAUUUGGGGUGACCCAACGUAACCCACUAUGGAUCACAUUCGCACGUGACAUGGUCAUAGUGUUGAAAAACGAGCUCGAAGUGACGAGCUUUAAGACGAUAGACGGGAGAGGAGCAAAAGUGGAAAUUGGUAAGGGGCCAUGCAUUUCGAUCAAACGUGCGACCAAUGUCAUUAUACAUGGGAUAACUCUCCAAGAUUGUAAACUGCAGAAAGGAUUUGACGGUGACGGAAUCCGCGUGUAUACAUCUAGACAUGUUUGGAUAGAUCAUUGUCACUUUGCUCGGUGUCAAGAUGGUUUGCUAGAUGUGCUUCAAUCUUCUACGGCUGUCACUAUUUCUAAUAAUCGUUUCAUCAAUCACCGCAAAGCGGUGUUGCUUGGAAGUUCUGACGCAAUUAUGGCUGAUAAGAUUAUGAAAGUUACAGUUGCGUUUAAUGUAUUUGGACCGGGUCUCACUGAGAGAAUGCCUAGGGUAAGAAGAGGGUAUGCGCAUGUAGCAAAUAAUAUGUACAACAAAUGGAAUCUGUAUGCGAUCGGAGGAAGUGCUGAUCCUACUAUCUUUAGUGAAGGCAACCACUUCGUUGCUCCUGACAUAAAAGCACACAAAGAGGUGACAAAGAGAAUGGAUAAAAGUCCUGAAGCAAAAAAAUGGAAAUGGAGUACGAAUAGGGACGUUUUCAUCAACGGAGCUUUCUUCGUGCCAUCUGGUGGACCGGGCGUCCCGCCGCCUUACGCACGUGGAGAAGGGUUUCCAGUGGCCCCGGGGGCUCAAGUCCCUUCUCUUACUGCCUCGGCCGGUCCUCUCCGUUGCGUACCCGGCAGGAUUUGCUAA